AUGCCUGACACCAAAGAUCCAGACAGUGUUGCCACGUGGAAUGUUCCUCUUCAUGAUAAAAUUCACAAAAUCGAAUUUGAACAUGGAACAACAACUGGAAAACGAGUUGUAAAAGUGGAUGGAAAAGAGAUUUUGAGACGCGAUUGGAUGUUUAAACUUGUCGGAAAAGAACAUUUCAAAGUCGGUGAUAUGAAUUGCACAAUCAAUGUUGAAGCAUUGGGAACUUUUGCCUACGAAUAUUCACUUGAUGUGAGUUACAAAAAUUUGAAUGAUAAUGUUAAACAAUUCCCAAUCAACGUUUUUUAAAGGUGAAUGGCAAGGCUUUUCAAAAGUUUCGCGAUGACCAAAGUCGAAAAUUAACAAGUUGGGAAACUUCGUUGAGCGGUGAAGAAGUUAGAAUUGUUCUUGGUGAGUUUGAAUGCAUCUGAAGUUUCGAAAUAUCUUUGUGAUUUAAUUAAUUUUUUUCCAAAUAAUUUAUUUUUCUAGACAAAGAAACAAUGGAAGUUUGGGUAAACGGCAAGAAAAUCGAUACGGCUGGCGAAUUCGUGGAAUCUGGUACUGAAACCCACUUCCUAAUCGGCCGACAUGUUUGUAAAAUUGUGGCAACUUCGAGUGGAAAUAAGAAAAUGGGUGUCACUCAUACACUUUAUGUUGAUAAUGUUCAAUUGAGAACUCCAGGAGGAGUAUAA